CUCUGACUGACAACAUGGAAGCGAACAAUCUGUGUCGAUUAUUUCGUUAUUUUAUCGUAAUUCUGACGAUCGCGAGUAUUUGUGAGACCCGAAAACAUAAGUUGAAACUAAAGGAUGAUGCAAGAAAUCUUGUUGACGUCAGCACGUUUGGUUUCUUCAAGCAUGGCCAGCUCUCCAUCAACAUAUCAACGCUAGUCAUUCCGAACGCUAAGCUUGAGCAGAAAAGCGUUGGAUUCACUCUUGAUAAGUCAAUCAGCGAUGGGAGUGCCUCGUACCUGGAGGACCAUGCAGAUCCACGCUGCAUCUUAGAGAACAACAGUGGAGUCGCCGAGAACGAUUCUGUUGCUGUAGUCUUCUUCACAUUUAACUUCACAAAUCUCACAUUGAACAUCAACCGAAGAGGACACAGCACCCGUCAUCUCCACAUCUUCCCAAUGACUAAGGAGCUUCCAGAUUGCCUCCUUCAGUCUGUAAUGAGAGAGAAGGGUGGAACAGUGGAGAAGAGCAGGCGAGAUGUUCAGGCUGGAGAUGACUCUGCCUUACCAGCAUUCAAGACUCCUCAGCAAACGAAUACCACAGAUUCCAACGUACCAUCUAAGGUAGACCCCACCAAGGCAUCUCUUGUGACAGCUGAUCCUUCGCUGACUGAGAUCCCCAAAUCGGUAGAGUGCCCCUUGCUCAACCAUGUCCCAGUUUACCGGAGCAAGACCUACUACUACACCAGUUUCCGUGUGUAUGCUCUACACGACUCUGAAGAAGGACUUUACAAUCUGUUUUUCCAUCACUGCAAAAACUCUCCAAUAAAUCUAACUGUUGAAAUUGUAGAGGAGAAUAAUGGACCCAAUUAUUUGUCGGCAGGAGACAUCCCCCUCCCUACCCUCUUCCUAUCAAUGUCCUUUGUCUACUUCAUCUCAGCUUGUUACUGGUUUAUCUACCUCCGUCAGCAUAAAGAAGACGUCUUUAAGAUUCACUAUCUCAUGUUCCUACUGGUUGUUCUCAAGACAUUGUCUCUCAUGUUCCAUGCGAUGGAUUAUCACUUCAUUGCAGUUGAUGGUUCCCCAAUGGAGGCAUUUGCCAUACUCUUCUAUAUCACCUACUUGACUAAAGGAGCAUUGUUGUUUCUGAACAUCGCCUUGAUCGGCUCGGGCUGGGCCUUCGUUAAGCCGAUACUCUCGGAGAAAGACAAAAAACUCUUCAUCACUGUCAUCCCACUGCAGAUAUUAGCCAACGUUGCUUACAUCAUCACAGACACGUCCGAAGAGGGUGAGUCUCAAUACUCUACAUGGAAGGCAGUCUUCGUCUUAGUAGACAUCUUAUGCUGUGGCGCCAUCUUGUAUCCAGUCAUCUGGUCCAUUCGACAUCUUCAAGAGGCUGCCACUACAGACGGCAAAGCUGCCAUAAGUCUAUCCAAGUUAAAACUCUUCCGACAUUUUUACACUUUGGUUGUGUGCUACAUAUAUUUCACUCGCAUCAUCGUCUAUCUCUUGAAGGUUACAGUUCCGUUUCGCUACAUGUGGCUGGAUGAAUUCUUCUUUGAGCUUGCUACCUACAUCUUCUUCUUCAUCACAGCUUAUAAGUUCCGCCCGGGGUCUGACAAUCCUUAUUUACGGCUUCCUAGUGAUGAUGAAGAUGAUAUGGAAAUGGAUGAAGUGUUAACGGAGACAGGUUUUACUGAAACUCUGACCAAGUUGCACAAUUCCAACAAGUCGACCACCAACGCAGUACAAAGAGAGUCAAGUCAAUCCACAUCAGCAUGAGAACCAACGCAAUGACCUAGCUUCAACCACGAACAAGUAAAGACUUUGCCUGGAAUUUCGGCUUUAAUAAACCCAAAGAUGCUCCAACUUUCCAGUCGACCCAAAACAGCUCUAGUUGUUUGCAAAAUUGUAUCUGUACACAAAUUGUGAAGUCUUGUUUGUAGCGGACAUUUGUAAUAUGCUCAGUGAUCCCUCUAUUGGCAAAAAACAACAUCCAACAUCCAACAUCCAGUCCCGACAGAGGGGUCAUAUGCAAAUUAGACCCGGGUCAAUGCAUUUCAUUGGUAGAGAUGACAGCUAUAAGUGCUAUGUCAAGGCACAAGGCACCCUGCUAGCUGGUGUUUUAGCACCAUGGCUCAUAUGGUUUCUAACCAAACAAGUUUCACCGAUCAAAAUAACUUCAGUGAGUAACGUGAAAAUGAAACUCUAACCCCGAAACUGAAUCACCUCAAAACAAAAUAUACACCCAUUCUGAAAUAGUUUGUAAUUGAAGAACUAGUUUCUUUACAAAAUUGAAAUAUUAAGACAAAUUUCAUAGAAACUUCAUGGAAGAUUGACCAACUUGAAACCGAGCCAUGUCUCUGUGGCAGUUUGGUUGGGCUUAUCUGCUCAUCGUAACACAACCAAUUUUAUGACAAUGUGGGGUGACCAAUGACUCAAGCCCAAAUGAUUGUCUGUUUGUUUUCCUCCCUGGUAUGGUAGUAUAAAACAGCGCCCUCAUAUGUUAUGGAUACUGCCUAGAAGUGUCAAGAACUCCAGGUUGAUUUAGGUUCAGAGUGAAAAAUGGAGCGGAGUUUGUAAUACAAGUGUGCUAAUAAGAUUAAUAAUAAGAAUAAUAUAAGAAUAAUACAAGAAUAAUAAAUACAAAGUUCUAGUAUAGCACUUUUCACACUCAAAGGACAUAACAAAGUGUUCAUUACUUUGUCUAAAGGCAUGCAGAACUAUUUUUAUGUUUGGAAUUAUCCAUUGUACAUGUAAGAACAAGAUUACUGGGACCAGACAUAUUACCUCUUCAUAUCAGGAACAUUGUUAUAAGACGACAGAAAGACAGAGAAACACAAAGCAGAAAUGAGAUUCAUGACUUCAGAAUGUACUCUUUGGGUGCGUUCGUUUAGCUCCCCUGGGUCG